AUGUUCCAGGUUACCAGUCGAUCAGCGGGAAAAGCACAGGUUCUACGAGUUGGCCUAGAUCGAUGGAACCAAGAGUGCGACCUGUCCUGCUUGGCAGGCUACAUUCUUGACGAGAUGUAUCGCUUCAAAGAUCCCGAGAAUCUUCUUGUGUUUCCAAACGAGACAAUAGCUUUGCUGUUGAACCGCUACAUCGAAGGGGAUUUCCAUGAAGAGCUGAAGAACAUGUUGGACUCCAUGGACCCAGCGUUCAAGCCAGAGCAAUGCUCGAUGUGGGUGGAAAACCUACCGGCGUCCACCACCAAUAUGCUAGUCACUACAGAGGCAGCGGACGAGAAGAUCACCGCCCUCAACGACACCCACACAAAGUUCCAAUUCCAAGCCGAUGCACUCUCUCUCGCUCGGGACGCGGCGAGAACCAGAUUGGAUCUUCGCUUGCCUCACAGUAUUUGCGCCAGCAUUGUCACCAUCGAGCAGGACCACUACACGAUCUUCAGGAUGAACUCAGCAAGGAGUUUGUCAGACGUCCAGGAAACAGCCCAACUGCUCAGUGGAGAGGAACUGCCCGAAGUGGUCAUCUCAUCAUUGCUCAACAACUCGAAAACCGGAAGCUUGGUUGGAAUCGUGAACCUGACCCCAUAUGACGCGCACUUGGAGAUGUCCCUUUUGAAGCGGAAGUCCAACAAUCCAGAGCACCAGUUCCGAAGCCUGUCUUUGAGCACAGACCACGUUGAUUGGAAACAUGGCGGAUCCUUGAUGGGCAACGUUCGAAAAUAUGACCCAGUUCCACCGCCCAGCGAGUCUCUCAACACCUCGGAGUUUCCUCUGAAGCUGGCCAAGCUGACCGUCAACCCCGCCCUGAAGGGCGUUAAGAAGUACCGAAUUGAGCUAGCAAAUGAAGUCAGGGCCCGGUAUCUUGACCAUCCAGUUUACGGAGGUGACUGGCGAUCUCUCAUUUUGGACUUCGACCGAAAGUUUUGCAGCGAGGGCGAACGUCCUACGGACAAGGCGAUUGUGCCUGCAGAGGUUGAGGAGGAUCCAGUUCCACCGGCUUUCACCUCGGAGCCAAGCACGCUGGAUCAGCUUCAAGAAGCUUACUUGGUGGAAAACAAAGUGCCAGGGCGAUCGCCUGGAACAGUGUUGAUGUUGACUUCCGCACAACGACGAGAUGGAUCCAAGGUUGCCCACCAAGAUGUGGAUAUCAGCCACGAAGAGUUCCAGUUGGCCCAUGGCAAAUCCACCUGGCUCAAGGCUGAGCGUGUCCAGAAGAUGAUUCGAGAGAACUCCGGAGGAGGCAAGAAAAAGGUUGAGAAGGAGGAAGGGGACAACACACCACCCGAGGAUCCAGAGGAGCAGGAGGAGCAGGAGCAGGACACCCGUGCGCAAGCGAAAGCAAAGUCGGACAAUGUGCUGGAUUCUGAAGAGGAGUUUUCCGAAGACUCGCCAGCAGAUUCUGAUCGAACCAGACGUUUGGGCGACUGGGACGAGGAAGAGCCCAAGAAGAAGAAGGUCAAAGUGGAAGACACCAAGACUGUGAAGCCCAAGGAAGAGGAAAAGCCUGAGCAGAAUCUCAAGCAGAUGUACUGGGACUUUGUCCAUGAAGAGCAAAAACGCCUCAAGAAGGCUCACCCGGACAUGUCUGGCAAGGAUAUCUUGAAGAGCGCUCGUGGGGCGUGGAAAUCUCACCCAGCUCGGACUAGUGUGAUGGAGCACCUGUCCAAAUCUGAGUUAAGCCGUGAUCCAUUCCAAUACGUGAUUCCUGCCAAGUGGAGCAACGAUAUGUCCAAGGUUGUCUUGGAGAUACAGAGUGAAACCUCCAAACAAUGUACGGACUCGUCUCCGUGCUCGCUCAGAGACCUGAUCCGUGAGCUGGAAGAGGAAGGCAUCGUGGACGUGAAGCUCCAUGGUCAUUCCUGCGAACGACCGUCUGAUGUGGAUUCGUCUUCAGGCUUGCUAGUGUGGGGGUUCUCGUCGUCUCCAACUGGGCCAAUCAUAACCAAACCACACUUGAGUGAAAUGUUUUACUCAGACUGCAUCAAACUUGUUGUCCACUUUGUUUGCCUUGUAGGACAAGAUUUCUUUUGCAUCAAGCCUUCUUCCACCACCAGCGCUGGGAUGUUCGCCUAUACCCCUGGGAUGGACAACCUGAAGUUCACUUCACUGGCAAGUUUCUUCCCGAAGGAGGUGGGGACUAGGGAAUGUUUAUACCACAGUUCAUUAAGUUUGCUUCCAACACAUUUCCAGGUGAUGGACUUGAGCCCAAUGCUCGCCCGCUACUGGAGGGUGGCAUACAUAAAGGCAGACAAGGCCACAGAGUCAAUGCUUCGUUUAUCACUUAAGCGUAUCAUUCAAACCAAUCGGUCCGACGACCCUUCUCGCCUUCAGGAGCUCAAGCCGAGCGGCUCGACCGCAUGUGGCAACGAUUGGCAAGUGAAAGAAACAAACACUCGUGAUCAAUCUAAACUUUUAGAUUCUAAACUGUGA